AUGCGAACUGUGAUACUACUCGCUUGCGUCGCGAGCGUCUUCUGUAGCAGAAAUGACGCGUACGGCGCCGCGCGACGUCCGGUAGGGGGCGUGAGCUACGAAGCGUCGCAGACGUACAGCCGGCGGCCGUCGACACGCAGAGUGGUCGUAGCUUACGCGGCGCCGACGCACGUCCGGUACGCAUCCGCAAACGACCGAGCUGUCGGCGACGGCUACGGAAAGACGGAAUCCGGAUACGGAGGAAGCAGAUACGGAUCCGGAACGAGUGGCUACGGUCUCGGCAGCAACAGUCGCCGAUCUGGAAUCGGAUUGCGAGCGUACGGUCUCGGUGGGAACAGCUACGGGUCCGGAUCGAGCGGCAACAGUCACAACAGCUUCAGUUACGGAUCCGUACCGAUCGGCAACGCGCGCGGCAGUAGCAGCAGUUACGGAUCCGGAUCGAGUGGUUACGGCCUCGGCCGCAGCAGCAGUUACGGAUCCCAGCAGUUACGGAUCCGUACCGGCAACGCGCGCGGCAGCAGCAGCAGUUACGGAUCCGGAUCGAGUGGUUACGGCCUCGGCCGCAGCAGCAGUUACGGAUCCGGAAAGAGUGGUUACGGCCGCGGCAGCAGCAGCAGUUACGGAUCCGGAUUGAGUGGUUACGGCCUCGGCCGCAGCAGCAGUUACGGAUCCGUACCGAUCGACAACGCGCGCGGCAGCAGCAGCAGUUACGGAUCCGGAUCGAGUGGUUACGGCCGCGGCAGCAGCAGCAGUUACGGAUCCGGAUCGAGCGGACUGCCGGACGCGUCCUUCCUGCGCGGCUGGGGCCGACUCGACGACGUCCAGUUCGACGACACCGGAUUCGGACACGAGUACGUCGACGUCGCCAGCUUCAGCUACGACGCGGCGCGCGACGCGGCCGCCGCCGGCGCCCCGCGCGGCUCCGCCCCUCCCUCCGUGCAGGCGGUCGUCGGGGAGCGCUACCGGUCGGGAUACGCUCACCAGACGGACUCCUCUCACGCUCUCCGCACCGGCUCCGGCGUCGGCGAGGCGGGGGUGCAGCUCGAAGCUUCCCGCAGCGCCCAACAGGUGGCGCGCGAGCAGUUCGCGCAGGAUGCGUCGGGAGAGGGCGCCACGCGGCAGGCGGGUGCGUACGCGUUCCGGCGUGGUGACAGCGGCGGGAUCAUGUACGAGCCGGUGAACACGCAGACGGUGAAG